AUACUACAUGCACCUCACAACUGUUGUUGAUGGAACUCGGCUACACAUCCUCUGCAGAUUGGACGGCCGAGGCAACAGGGAUUGCGGAGACCGGCGUCCGACGAGGGAAGAGGUGGAAGCAGCGAUCAUGGCCGGCAUCUCUCGUCUUUGCAAUCUCAUCGCCGUCUCGCUCCGUCCCUACCUCGAACCCAGGCCCUUUCCUCUGACCAAAGAAUCCGAGAAGGAUCUUCUCCUCUCGCUUUCUCGAGUUCACAAGCAAAUCCAGCAAUGGACGAACGAAUCGGACUGCGAAGGCGAGCAGGAAAGGAUUGCAGAUUCUCACUUCUAUGACACUUGUUAUAUGGAUGUCAAGCAUCAGUUUGUAGACGAAAACAAUUGCUUCAUGGACAUUACUUCUACAAUGGUAGCUUUCCUGGGUCUUGAAAGUGGAUUUGUUCAGCAUUUGGUGGGAAAAAUUUUUGUAGGCAUGUCAAAUCUUCUGGCUAAGUUUAGGAGCAAAUGGCUUAAAUUACUGCACUUGCUAUGGGUCAGCCUAGGAUUGGCGAUGUCAAGCAGAUGCAUCUUGCCAUCUGCACCACUUGGAUCUAUUCAUGUCCCUGAUAAGAGUUGGAUUCAGUCCUUCACAAAUAUUAUGUUGCCUGGAAUAGAAGAUACAGUGUUUGACAUUUCUAUCUUCAUUGCUCGUUUGCAGUUAAGAGUGAUUGAGUUUAAUGUGCAUAUGGUGGCAGGCCUUUUCCACACUUUCCGUAAUAUUCUGAAAUCUUUGAAACGUGAAAUUAGUGACCUUGAAGGAGCAUAUAGGUAUCUUGCUAUGUCUUCACUUCUGAAGAUGCCUUGGGGUUUGUUGGAUGAGAUUCAUGUUAGUAGGAUUCAUUUUGGCAAGGAUGCAAUACUUGAUAGGAAAAACUGUUUGCCAAGGUCCGCAGAUAUGCUUGCAGGGAUAAUUCUUCAACUGCUCUGCUCCUUGGUUGAGCAAAAAGAUCUCAUAGAUGUUGAGGGUGUUUCCUUUGGAGAUCAUGCUAUAUAUACCAAAUUCUCUGACCUAGUGCUUAAACUUUUGGCCUGUUUCUUCAAGCACCUAGGAUGUUAUGAGAGUCUUUCUGGAUACUUGAAACACAAAACGCUGUGGUUCUUUUUGCAGGUGCUAAUGGUAAGACUUAGGCUUCACAUGCAGUGUGAUGUUUCUCAUCUUGUUUUUUGGCUAAAGUUGCUUAAAAACCAUUUUGAAGAUCUCUUAUAUGCACCUAUAUCAGUUUGUGAUGAUGGUUCUGCAGCUACUUUAGAAGAAUCUCCUUUUUUAGCUGUUUCUGUUGAUAGAGACAUGGUGCAGAAUUUAUGCACCCAACAUUUGAGGAGACAGACAAUUUUCCUUUUUCUUCAUUGCUGCUUCAAACUGGUCCACUUUCAUCAUGAAGCUGAUCAUCAAUUUUCAUGCGGAGGGAAAAAUUCUUCUAUUAUUUCCACAUUGCAAGUCUGUAGCGAACAUUUCAGGUGCAUGGGCUUAGUGGAGCUAUUUGAGUGGCUUCAGAAGUGUGCUUCACUGGAGAAUGUUGUGGAUUAUGAGAGUUUUAGAAAAUCCUGCUUUAGCUUUGGGUCAUCCUUCCUGCAAUUUUAUAUGGAGGAGGAUGAUAUGCUAUUUGAUAUCCUCUUGCUGCUUUUGGAUGCUCCAGUCAUUAGCUUGCAAGUAUGUAGCAAUGGAGAGGAAACUUCUUUCGAGGAGAUGAAGAAGGACAUCAUUUUUAAUAUUUCUAGUAUCUUUAACCCCAUUUACCUUUUCCAUAUGUUUCUGUUAUUGUUACAUUAUGAUCACUUGGUGCUUGUUGACUAUCUACUUUCAAAAGAUUUAGGGAUUCGUUUUCUGCAGUAUCUUUUAAGGUGUUUACGGAUGGUUGGUACAUCCUGGCACAUCUUUUUGAGAUUUCCAAUAUGUGGAAGUGAACAAAAUCAGUCUUCAUACAAGAGAAGAAAGAUAUCCAUAGAUGAGAGCUUAGAAGCUUUACCUUCGUCAAUUAUGAUGACUAAAGAACACAAAGUAAGAAAGCUGCUGGCUGUGGGCAACAUAGAUAAGAGCAUGACUUUCAAUAAUGCCAAAGAAUGUUUGCUUAGUUUAAAGAAAACAGUGGAAGAUCUUCAUCGAAAGAAUUUAUUUCCUUAUAAUCCAAAACCCCUUCUUAGAAGUUUGGCCAGAUUUGAGGAGCUUUGCCAUCAAUAGAAGCUAUAUUUCAGAAAUCAUGUGAUAAAAAGAUGUAGUUCAUGAUAUAAAAAGUUGAGUUUACAUUGCACCAGUUAUGAUGCACAGAACAGAUAUGGGCAGAGGACAUGUAUAAAUUCCUGGGUUGCUGUUCAAGAAUUUCGAUGUUUGUGUUAUUAGACAUUUUAUAUCACUGCAUUUCUGCUGGCUAUACAUCCAAGGUAUCGACUAUAUAGAGAACCAGCAAUGUCACUAUCAAUAUAUACAAUGUGGAAGAUUUUACCUUUCAAAUGAACUUUGAUGACCCCUUGAUAUGUUUCCAUUCCAUCUUUAUUGCCUUAGGUGUUAUCUUGUAUAGGUCUUUGACUGUAGCUGACUGGUGCUUGCAUAAUGUUUGAUAGCAAUUGCUAAGUACCACAAACAUAGAUAUUGGUGGCUUCAGUGAAGUCAUUGGGCGCAUAGGCAUCCAUACAAGGUGUGGUGAGGCCCAAGUGCCGACCUAUUGGGUUGGGCAGGCGACUUGACUCUAAUCGCGGCUGAAGUGCUGGGUGGGCCAGGCACUCGCCUGGAUCAACUCAGGCCAGGUUGAGUCUAAGUCAAAUUAAAACAUUCAUUUGGUUCAAUUGAACCAGGUAUCCGUCGCAUAUACCACUAGCAACGAGUGCUCUAACUCAGAAGUCCUUAUUCCCCAAUUGCAUUUCUCACAGCGGAGUUCUUCCCAUCGGCGAACAACAGCAUUAGCGGCAAUGGUGGCAUCUUCCUCCAGCAGUAGCGAUAUGUUCCUCCGGCGACAACGGUGGGUCUUCCUCCAAUGGUAGCAGCAGUGUCUAACUCUGGCAGCAAUGGCAGUGGCUUCUUCCCCUUCCUCGAAGACUGAGAAAUAUUCACUGCUAAAUGUGUGUGCAAGAGUUGUGAUUAAGCAUGCUCCUAUGCUGUCAAUGGUAUGCUGGGAGUAUUUGAAUUUUUGUAUGUGAUGGAUCUUGAACUCGACACGCCAUCUAGACAGCUAUAACAUAUGCAAUAGAUCAUCGAGAUGGUUUAAUUGUUCAAGUUCGCGGGGGAUUUUCGUGUCUCAAUGAAUCCAGACCUUCAAGUUGUUAUUUCUGAUGAACGAACAACACCCGAGGAUAAGAUUUUGUCGAAGCAUAUCCGCAUGUGGCAUUUCCAGGUUCGAUUAAACCCGAUUGUGGUUCCAGAAUCGGAUCGAUUCGAGAAGGUUCAACUUACGAAGAUGGAACACAUGCUGCAUUCCUGUGGUUCAUCCAAGCUUAUCGUCCUCAGGCAUGACAACCUCCACAAGCUAUUUCUCCUCAUCCGUAAUGGAUUCUGAUUUCAACUGAUUCAAACCGUCAUCACGUCUUGAUUCUCCAUAUGCUGUUCGAUAGCAUUUAGAUGUUGCUGAGGGAAAAUUGUUUGAUUGUAUGAUCGAUCGAAUGAUCAGAAGUGAAAUAAUGACUCGAUAAGAUUAAAAGAGACGGUGGCCAGAGUAUCAAUAGUAGUAAUGUAUUUGGAUCGAUCACUUGUUGAGGGCGUAAUGAUAAUGAUCUUUAUGAUGUGUUAACAACCU